AUGGCUGCCCCCAACGCCCCAGGCGCGACCUACGCGCUCACUGAGUCGCACAAGGAGAUGCUUGAGAACUCCCUCCUCAGCUCCGACCCGGAGAAACACGAGAUCCAGCGUCAACGCGAGUCCAUCAUCCUGAUCGCCUCCGAAAAUGUCACUUCCCGUGCUGUCUUUGAUGCCCUUGGCUCGCCCAUGUCCAACAAGUACUCCGAGGGCUACCCCGGCGCUCGUUACUACGGCGGCAACCAGCACAUUGACCAGAUUGAGCUUCUCUGCCAGAAGCGCGCCCUUGCGGCCUUCCAUGUCGACGGCGACAAGUGGGGUGUCAACGUCCAGUGCCUGAGUGGCAGCCCUGCCAACCUCCAGGUCUACCAGGCCAUUAUGCCUCCCCAUGGUAGGCUGAUGGGUCUGGAUCUCCCCCACGGUGGCCAUCUUAGCCACGGUUACCAGACACCCCAGAGGAAGAUCUCCGCCGUCUCGACCUACUUUGAGACCAUGCCCUACCGCGUUGACCUCGAGACCGGUAUCAUUGACUAUGACACCCUCGAGAAGAAUGCCCAGCUCUACCGCCCCAAGAUUUUGGUCGCUGGUACCUCUGCUUACUGCCGCCUGAUCGACUAUAAGCGCAUGCGCAAGAUUGCCGACUCCGUUGGCGCCUACCUGGUCGUCGACAUUGCCCACAUCUCUGGCCUGGUCGCUUCCGGCGUCAUUCCCUCCCCCUUUGACUACGCUGAUGUGGUCACUACCACUACCCACAAGUCUCUCCGUGGCCCCCGUGGUGCCAUGAUCUUCUUCCGCAAGGGCGUCCGCUCCGUUGAUGCCAAGAGCGGAAAGGAGACCCUCUACGACUUGGAGGACAAGAUCAACUUCUCGGUGUUCCCCGGCCACCAGGGUGGCCCCCACAACCACACCAUCACGGCGCUUGCCGUCGCUCUCAAGCAGGCCGCCAGCCCCGAAUUCAAGGAAUACCAGCAGAAGGUGGUCUCCAACGCCAAGGCCCUUGAGAAUAAAUUCAAGGAGCUUGGCCUCAAGCUCGUCUCCGACGGUACGGAUUCCCACAUGGUGCUUAUCGACCUCCGCCCCCUGCAGCUGGACGGCGCUCGUGUCGAGGCCGUCCUCGAGCAGAUCAACAUUGCCUGCAACAAGAACGCCGUCCCUGGCGACAAGAGCGCUCUCACACCCGGAGGUCUGCGCAUUGGUACCCCGGCCAUGACUAGCCGUGGCUUCGGCGAGGCCGACUUUGAGCGCGUCGCCAACUACAUCGUCGAGAGCAUCAAGCUCUGCAAGGAGAUCCAGGGCGCCCUGCCCAAGGAGGCCAACAAGCUCAAGGAUUUCCGUGCCAAGGUUGCCGGCGGUGAGGUGGCUCGUAUCAACGAGCUGAGGAAGGAGAUCGCGGACUGGUCCAUCACUUUCCCCCUCCCCGUUGAGGGCUGGAGGAAGGAGGCCAACGCCUAA